AUGAACGGCUACGACAGCUAUGAGAAGCAGCACAUGGACGAGGACGCCUUUGGCGCCAAGGCGGGAAGCAUAGUCAGCGCCUUUGACGCAUUCCCCAAGGCGAAGCCCCAAUACGUCACCCACACCUCGGGCGGCGGCAAGUGGACCGUCGCCAUGGCGCUCCUCUCGGCCGUCCUGCUCUGGUCCGAGCUGGGCCGGUGGUGGCGCGGCGCCGAGGCGCACACCUUCGCCGUCGAGAAGGGCGUCAGCCGCUCCAUGCAGAUCAACCUCGACGUCGUCGUGCGCAUGCGCUGCGCCGACCUGCACGUCAACGUCCAGGACGCCGCCGGGGACCGCAUCCUCGCCGCCACCAUGCUGCAGCGCGACCCCACGGCCUGGCACCAGUGGGUCGACGGCGCGGGCAUCCACCGCCUCGGCCGCGACAAGCAGGGGCGGCUGCUCACCGGCGAGGGGUUCCAGGCCGCCGCCGGGCACGAAGAGGGCUUCGGCGAGGAGCACAUCCACGACAUCGUCGCCCUCGGCCGCAAGCGGGCCCGCUGGGGCAAGACGCCGCGCGUCCGGGGCGAGCCCGACAGCUGCCGCAUCUUUGGCAGCCUGGACCUGAACAAGGUCCAGGGCGAUUUCCACAUCACCGCCAGGGGCCACGGCUACAUGGAGUUUGGCGAACAUCUGGACCACAGCGCGUUCAACUUCUCCCACAUCAUCUCCGAGCUCUCCUUCGGGGCAUUCUACCCUUCCCUCGUCAACCCUCUCGACAGCACCGUCAACACCGCCUCCUCCAACUUUUACAAGUUCCAGUACUUCAUGUCGGUCGUCCCGACCGUCUACAAGCACGGGUCCAACCCGCUCUUUACCAACCAGUAUGCCGUGACCGAGUCCAGCGCUGCCAUCUCCGAGCGGACCAUCCCGGGCAUCUUCUUCAAGUACGACAUCGAGCCCAUCCUGCUCAACGUCGAGGAGACGCGCGACGGGCUGCUCGUCUUCCUCAUCAAGAUUAUCAACAUCAUCUCGGGCGCGCUUGUCGCUGGGCACUGGGGCUUCACAAUGACCGACUGGCUGAAGGAGGUCCUCGGCCGGAGGAGGAGGCAAGGCACCACCGAGGGCAUGCUGGGAAAGAAGCCGGGCUACGAGGAGUAG